AUGGAUUAUUCUUCGGCCAUAGCCAAUGAUGCAGGCCGUGACCCAUGGGCCUCGUCGCCUCAGCAUGAUCGCUCGACCUUCCCUCAAGCCAACAACCACGACGUGCCGCCUACCAACUCCACCAGCCGCAGUCCUACGACAACUCGACCCGCUCAGAGCCUCAACGCUACCACCAUGCUCGUCCGCAACACCCCCCCUCAACAGCCUAGCCACCACCAGCAACCACCACAGAACUAUCAGCAACAACAGCAGCAGCAGCAGCAGCCGCAACAAUUGAGGAAACAAUACAAGCUCCAGGCCAAGAUUACUGCCUUAGAGCGCACUGGUCGCAAGGAUCCCGUCUUGCGCUUCGACGUUUAUACCAACCUGCCCAAGUUCCGCACUACCCAAUUCCGCGAUGUGCGACGCACCCAUUCCGAGUUCGUCAAGUUUGCCGACCAUCUCAUCUCGUCAAACCCCGAGGCCUUUGUCCCUGCCGUUCCUCCUCCGCUCACUGCCGCUGGCGUUGGUACUGAAGAAGAUGAGGUGCGAGUCAAGGCUUCAAUGCAGCGCUGGCUAAACACUGUCUGCUCCAACCAUGUUCUUAUGCGUGAUGAGGAGAUGGUCUUCUUCGUCGAAAGCGAUUUCGGCUACAGCCCUGUUGUCAGGCGCAAGCAACCUGCUACAGGUGUUCGUCGCAAGUACAUCAAGCAAUUCGCCCCUCCUCCGGAUGACACUCCUGAACUACUUGAGGCUCGUCCCAUUGUCAAAUCCUUCUAUCUUGGAACUAUGGAUCUUGGCCAGAAGGUGGACAAGGUUGUCAAGUCGCGCAGAGCUCUCGGUUUGGCAGAGUCCGAUUUUGGUGUAAAGAUGGGCCACAUGCAGGUUCAAGAAACACAUUCAGGCUUGGCCAAUGCCUACAAGAAGCUAGGCAAGGUCAUUCAAGCCGUGGGUGACUUCCACGCUGCUCAAGGUACUGCUGAAGCCACCACCUUGGCCGAUCCUCUACAGUACCACUCCAGCGAUGCCUUUAUCGUCAAGGAGACUCUCACCAACCUCAAGCGCGACAAGGUCGACGAAGCUCUUGCCGCCCUCGACGAAGCACGAUCCCACGAAGCCCACCUCAAGGAAAAGACGGAUCGCGUGACCGAGAACCUCGUCCACGAACGCCGUGAGUGGACCGCUCGCACAACCUCUGACCUCCGCGCUGCCAUUCGCGAAUACGUCAUGCGCGAGAUUGAAGCAGAACGCCGCACCCUGGCCACGCUCGAGCAGGUCCGCCCAGACGUCCGCAACAUCGACGCUUCGGGCGGUCUCUCGCGUCUCGGCCGUGAAGCCCACCCCGUGAUCCGCCGCACCAGUCUUGCCAGCAGUCAGGGACCCAAGGGCGACGCAUGGAGCGGCGUCCCACGCAGACCCGAUGGCUUGAACCGCAGUAUCAGCGGCAGCUUUGCCGGCACAGGCACAGUCCCCGAAGACGCAGAAGCCGAGCAAGCCGAAGAGGGCACGACGGGCAGGAAGCGAGCCACUAGCAGUGCAAGCAGUCUUGGCCGAUUGGAAGAGGACGACGAAGAUAGAAUCGAUGCAAGGAAUGCUGCUAGUCGACUUGCACAGACGACGUUCUAG